UAAUGGUUGUUGGACUACUAAAAUUACACUGCCAUGGUGUGCCCACUGCCACUGGAAAUCACACCAUAGCGACAACAACAACAAAUGAGACCGCAACUAAAGAUAAGCUAAUGACACUCAGCAGAAGCAAUGACCAGCAAAGAACACUUUAUGCAAGUGAAAUGCACGAAAAUCUAAAUGCAGCAAAAACAACUAGAACAAGUCUGGGGAAGGUGGGCACAGAAGCAACUGCAACAACUGCCACCACAUAUGAGCAACAUUCCUUUGCCACAAAUAACAGCAUCGACAUUGCCGUGUCACCAAUGAUGAGUCAAUUACCAGCUGAUGUAGCUUUUAGUUUAAAAGGGUCCACGCAAACUGACAGCGCAACCCCCACCACCACCGCCGCCACUUCCAACGGCAAUGGGGCACCAGCCAAACGUUUUCAUCACCAAUUGAACUUUUCUCAGCAUCAGCAACAACACCCACUUCCCACCAUUACACCUGCAAUGCAAGUGGCACGUAUUUACGAAUCCUUUCGCGCGCUGCCUGAGAUGGAUCUACACUCUACUGGAGGUCCGCCACGUUUCAAACGGAUGUCAGAUUUAACAACGGACGACAGUCCAGCCACAACAACAAACACAAGCAUAACCACUGCAUGGCCGACAACGAGAGCCACCACAGCGACAAGUGUGGACGCCAAUGUGACAACAGCAACAAAUAUGCGUAAGCGCACGGCCUCGGCAGACAUGUUGAGUCGCAACAUAUCCAUUAUUUUGGAAAAUCUACUUAAAAGCUAUGAGCAGUCACAACUGCCAACACACGGACAAGGUGUGCCAACGGUGGUGCGGACCAACAUUCUUAUACGCAGCAUGGGGCCAGUGUCGGAAUUGGAUAUGGACUACUCCAUGGAUUGCUAUUUUAGACAGUAUUGGCACGAUAAGCGGCUGAGCUUUCAGGGUCCCAUACAAAGUCUUUCUCUGAGCAUUAAGAUGCUGGAUAAGAUUUGGCGGCCGGACACGUAUUUUUUCAAUGGGAAACACUCACAUAUACACACCAUCACUGUGCCGAAUAAAUUGCUGCGCUUGGAUCAAAAUGGUGGCAUCUUAUAUUCCAUGAGACUCACGAUAAAAGCGACCUGCCCAAUGGAACUAAAAAAUUUCCCGAUGGAUUUACAGUCGUGUCCACUAAUAAUCGGCAGUUAUGGUUAUACAAAUCGCCAACUAGUCUACGAAUGGAAGGGCGAGGCUGACGCGGUGUCAUUUGUGCCCGGUAUGACAUUGAACCAAUUCGAUUUGAUUAGUAUGAAACACCGUAAUUUCACCUAUACAAGGCGCGAGGGAGAUUUCUCCGUGCUGCAUGUCGCCUUCAAUUUGAAACGACACACUGGCUAUUUUCUCAUUCAGGUUUAUGUACCCUGUAUAUUGAUUGUGGUCUUGUCGUGGGUCUCCUUCUGGAUACAUCGUGAAGCCACUAGCGAUCGUGUGGGUCUUUGCGUGACUGCUGUACUCACCCUAUCCACCAUUAGUUUGGACUCGCGCACCGAUUUGCCGAAAGUAAAAUACGCAACAGCUCUGGAUUGGUUUCUGUUGAUGAGUUUCCUUUAUUGCAUAGCAACAUUGUUGGAGUUUGCGGGUGUGCAUUAUUUUACAAAGGUUGGCAGUGGUGAAAUUCCCAUAAGUGAGGACGAAUGGGAAGACAUUGACGAUGGUGUGCCUGAUGAAGAGGGAGAAGAAGAUAUACAAAGUUGCUCAAUAAAACGCAGCAAUGAAUCUGUUUGUGAACUACCACAUCCUUUGGCUGGCAACUUUUGCAAGCGCAAUACGAUGAUAUGUCCCAUUUAUAAUGACCCAGCACAAAUAUAUCCGGCACCAUCUUCGCAUGCCUCUACCAUGGAGCGUACCACGCAAACCGAGCCACCAGUUAUCUCCAAGGCACGACAGAUGUGGCUUUGUUUUAUUGGGGACGAGAAAUUUAGAAAACAGCGCGAACGCGAUGCAGCUGUGGCAAAAGGCACCCGUUAUGUCAACAGCGUCUCACUUAUAGAUCGAGUUGCUCGCGUUGCAUUCCCCAUGUCUUUUGUGUUCUUUAAUCUGCUCUAUUGGUUAGUAUAUGGAAUGUACAAAAAGGAGUUCACUUGGUCAACAAUAAAGGCUCAUCACGCUCACCAUUGGGAUUUCACGUAUGACCACCAACUCAGCAAUCACACAACGAAGCACAACAACAAAAACACGAUAAUGUGUAAAACAAAAGGCAGCAACAGCAGCAGAGGCAGAAGAAAAUCGAAUGAGUGCAGCAUCAGUGAGUGUGGCGUGAUAAGCACGCGGCGGAUGGGUUGUUGCACGCUAUUACUUUUAGUCAUACUCACAUUAGUACACAUUCCCAGCGCGAGAUGUAAGCGAAAAGAAAUGGCAGCUGGUCGGCUAGAGAAUGUUACACAAACUAUAUCAAAAAUUCUACAAGGUUACGAUAUACGAUUGCGUCCGAAUUUCGGAGGUGAGCCAUUGCAUGUGGGCAUGGACCUCACCAUUGCCAGCUUUGAUGCUAUCUCUGAAGUAAAUAUGGAUUACACCAUCACCAUGUAUCUAAAUCAGUAUUGGCGCGACGAGCGACUAGCAUUCAAUGCAUACGGCCCAUACUAUGAUGACGAUGCCGACGAUGAUGGCGUCAAUGAUGUCUUGACGCUCUCCGGGGACUUCGCAGAGAAAAUAUGGGUGCCAGACACAUUUUUUGCGAACGAUAAAAAUAGUUUCUUACAUGACGUCACCGAGCGUAACAAAUUAGUGCGUUUAGGUGGCGACGGCGCUGUCACUUACGGCAUGCGCUUUACAACAACACUCGCCUGCAUGAUGGAUUUGCAUUAUUAUCCGUUGGAUUCGCAGAAUUGUACAGUAGAAAUUGAGAGUUAUGGCUACACCGUCAGCGAUGUGGUAAUGUAUUGGAAACCCACGCCGGUGCGUGGUGUCAUGGACGCCGAAUUGCCACAAUUCACGAUAAUCGGCUAUGGAACGAAUGAUCGCAAAGAGCGUUUGGCCACUGGCAUCUAUCAGCGUCUAUCGCUCUCCUUUAAAUUGCAACGGAAUAUUGGUUAUUUUGUAUUUCAAACAUAUCUGCCAAGCAUAUUGAUUGUGAUGCUUUCGUGGGUAUCCUUCUGGAUCAACCACGAAGCAACGAGUGCGCGCGUCGCAUUAGGCAUAACCACCGUGCUCACUAUGACCACAAUUAGCACCGGAGUGCGUAGUUCCUUGCCAAGGAUAUCUUAUGUCAAAGCCAUUGACAUCUACUUAGUGAUGUGUUUCGUGUUCGUCUUUGCUGCUCUACUCGAAUAUGCAGCUGUCAAUUACACAUAUUGGGGCAAACGGGCAAAAAAGAAAGUGAAAAAGUCCAAAGAUGGUGAAGGGAGAAAAACAGGCAAAGGCGACAAAUCCGAAACGUGUUCAACAGCCGAGGACAUCAUCGAGUUGCAGGAUGUGCGCAUGAGUCCUAUACCCUCACUGCGCAAAGGCAACUACAAUAGCACGCUCGGCUCCAUAGGAACCGAGACUGUGGACCUGGCAAAGUUUCCACCGAGCUUUAGAAUUACACGCAACUAUGGCACGAAUCGUACACAUUUGCGCUAUAGAGGUCAAAAAGGCAAGCCACGCAUGCUGCACGCGCUCAAACGUGGCGCAUCCGCCCUCAAAGCCACCAUACCAAAAAUCAAAGAUGUCAACAUUAUCGACAAAUAUUCACGCAUGGUGUUCCCAGUCAGCUUUUUAGCCUUCAACCUGGGAUAUUGGCUGUUCUACAUUCUGGAAUGAUAGCACCUGAUGACACUUCACGCCAAAUAGGACGAACCCUAGUUAGUGUGUAGUGUGCGAGCAACAAGAACCUGAAAUUCCGAAAUUUCCAAAAGUCAAAGCACAACAACUCAAAUCAAAAUCCAAUACAAAAUUUCUAAGGGGAGAAAAUCGAAUCAAAAAGAAUUUAGAACCAAAAUUCUACUCCAAACAACACACCAACCAAAUGUGUCCCAAGAAUUAGCGCACGAACAAUGGAUGCGAAAAAUGUGAAAUCUAAACAAUUUCUUAGCAAAAGAACUAGUAAAAUUUGCAAAAUGACCAAACGAGAACCAACCCAAAUUGUGACUAUUAAGCUCCUAAUAAAAGACAAAAAAAACAAAAAAACCAAAAAAAAAUAAACAAAAAAUUAAUAUCAAAGCACGAGUUUAUUGCCAGCUCAGUGGAUGUGGUUGAAAACUUCAAAGAAAAGUUCAAAGUGUACCAAAAUUUAAUAAAAAUUACGAAAUCGUAAAACUGUUGAAAAAUCCAAUAUCCUUAGCUAAUACUAUGAAAAACAUAAAUACCUAAGGUACGAAUUCUUACCAACGUUUAGUUUAAGUUAGCAACAAAUUAAGCCCAAUUGAAUGAAUGUCUUAGGCAGUCCCAAUAGAAAAGAAUUAGAAAACAAAAUUUUAUGUACGAACAUUUUGUGGCAUAAAUUUUAGAGUAAUUCCCAGCAAACUGAAAUUAAAAAAAGCAUACAAAACCAAUUCGUUUUGUACUUCGCUCGUACAUAUACAGGGUGCUUGCGCCUGUACAAAUGCCCUGAGUAGGUAGCUGUUAAGUCCUAAGUGCACACCAUUGCACUAUAUCACACAUACACACAUAUAUCCUAGUGGUAUCCCCAAAUACAAAAUUGCUGUUAGGUUAAAUUUAGUGUAAGCGACAGCUGGUUGAAAAAUUCCAGAAAAAACGAGCAGAUACGAUUAGAAAAGUAGUUUUGAAAACGAAAGGAGAGAAACCUAAUUUUGACACCUAAGGAAAACUGUUAAACUUCUAAAACUAAAUACGUAUUUGAGAUUUGAAAUGAAUAAACGUGCAUAUGAUAUUUUA